AUGCCGCCUCACACAACAGAAGACGAUGCGGUCAAGCAGGACAUCAAGUACCUCGAAAACCUCUCUUCAGGGCCCGACGCCCAGGAACUUCAGCCUCUGGGUCAGGCAAUGUGGGAAUCCCGCAAAAUACUCAUGUACUCCUUAUGUUGCUGUAUUGGAUCAAUGCUGUGGGGAUUUGACAUCGGUGUGAAUACCAUAUCAAUUGCUCUCCCUGCGUUCAAAAUGACGUUCGGAUAUGUGUACCAAGGAGAAUUGGUCAUUGAUGCAACAUGGAACGCUCUCUGGGGAGCCAUGACAUCCGUCGGUAUGAUUUUUGGGGGCGUGAUUUGUGGCCAGUUGUCCGAUCUCUGGGGAAGGAAAAUGAGCAUUUUUCUGGGAGCGGCGCUCUCGAUGGUUGGUGUUGGAGUGGAAUACACUGCGGCGACUGUGGGCGUGCUUCUCGCUGGAAAAAUCAUCAAUGGCUUCGCGAUGGGCUUCUUUCUCAGCAUUGGUCCGAUCUAUGUCUCGGAAGUCUCACCGAUCAGAAUCAGAUCUGCCCUGAUUGCGACCAUCAGCUUCUUCAUCUCAGCAGGUCAAAUGACCGCCAUCGCCAUCGGAAACACACGAUAUGCAAUUAUAAGCCCAUCCGCGUACAAAGUUCUCUUUGCAGCACAGAAUAAGAUCGAGGCGGCUGAAAAGAGUCUGCAGGCUCUUCACACUUCAAGCUAUGAUAUCCCACUUGCAUUGGCGUCUCUUCGUCAGGAGGUCAUUGCUGAGGAAGACUCUAAUGCCGAACAGGCUGGACAAUCAUAUCUGGACUGUUUCCGGGGAACGAACUGGCGCCGCACUCGCAUUGCGUGCGGCAUGUUCCUUAUUCAACAGUUCAGUGGCAUUGCGUUCUAUUCCCAAUCUCUAUAUUUUCUCGGCAUCAGUGGCUUCAGCAUAGCGCUCUCUUUCCAGCUAGCCCUAGGAGGAUUUGGAGCCGGUCUCUUGGGCAAUGUUCUCGCCUGGAUCGCAAUGGGAUAUACCGGUCGUCGGUCAAUGCUAUUCAACGGGACACUGAUUAACCUAGCAGUCCUCCUCUCAGUCGGUUUCGCGGGCAUAUUCAGCAACGACCACAAAUCUGCAAUGCUGUACAUUGCCAUUGUAGUCAAUUUUAUCCAGCUAAUUUACGCAUCUACCAUUGGCGCAGUCUCCUGGAGCCUCAGCGGCGAGAUGAGCUCUACAGCACUGAGAGCAAAAACGCAGGGUCUCUGCACGUUGACCAAUGCCGCUGCCAAUUGGGUCUUUAGUUUUGUCACUCCGUAUUUGAUUAAUACUGACCAGGCCAAUCUCGGCGGCAAGGCGGCUUUCUUCUGGGCUGGAUUAACGGCAAUUAGUGCACUCUGGGUAUGGUUUGAGGUGCCUGAAAUCAAGGACUUGUCUUUUGCUGAGUUGGACCUUGCGUUCAACAGCAAGACGCCCACUCGUCGUUUUCCUAAGGCUGGGGGAGAGCAGCGCCAGUCAGCUUAA